UGUGAGUUAUUGGUAACUGCGUAUGUAGUGUAGAGUGUGUCAACGUAGGCAUUGUGAAAUAAGUGGGAAGAUCAAUAUAUGUAUGGCAGCCCUUUCAGCUAAUUGGGCAGAUUGAUUGCCACUCAAGACCGUUUCGCAUUUUAGCUAAGCCUAACCCUUUUCCUAACCUUAACCUGCUGCUAGGUUAGUUCUCCUAACUUUCCACUUUAAUUCUUCUAACCUGCCACGUUACUUAUUCUGACCUGCCACGUUGCUUUUGAUAAGCCACUUAAGCAAACAUUGACCGUUCGAGGAGUGAUGUUCUUUUCUGCUGCAAUUACCUCCACAAGAGAUGGACAGCACACAGGACGGACUGGAUAUUGUCACCAAACCCAUCAUAAUUCUGGGCACUGUUACCAGAGACAGAAGGUUUCUGCACUGGGUAGGCCAAGUGCUAAAGCUGAAGUGGCUGAAGAACAAGAGCCAAGAAGAGGUCAAAGUGAUGAUCGGGGAGCUGCUGCCCUCCUUCGCCUGUGGAUGUGUGGAGAACAAUGACUUCCUCUCCCUGCAGGAGAUCCUGGAGAGGAUGGAUGUGAACUGUGGGGACUAUGACGGCACCACCCCCCUCCACAAGGCCUGUGAGAAGGGCAGGCUGGAUAUGGUCAAGUACCUGAUGGGUAAAGGAGCCAGCACCCAGCUCAAAGACCGCUUUGGAUACACACCGCUUCACCUGGCCAUCAAGAACCGGCACUUAGACAUCAUCCGCAUCCUGCGUCUGAUAGGAGCCCCUCUGUCUUUGGAGCUUGUGAGGAUCGGGCUGGAGCUGAUCAAGGUUGUCCAGAACAAGGACUACCAGCUGUUGCAAGCCUGGUACCUGUCUGGAGUGAACCUGGACCAGUGUGACUAUAACGGACGUACAGCGCUGCACAUUGCAGUCAGGCUGAGGGAGAGGACCAUGGUGUCCAGGCUGCUGGAGUACGGAGCCACCCCUCUGGAGAGUGACAUCUGGGGUUGGACUGCAGUGGACGAGGCCCAGAACAACCUGCCCAGCAUCCUGAAGCUGUUCCACCCCUUCACUUAGCAGUUCCCCAAACAGGCCCAGAACAACCUGCUGCACCUGGCCAACAGGAUGAUCUGACCACUUCCAGUGUACACCUCCCCAGGAAAUUCAUCCUUUUUAAUCCAGCCAACAACCCUAGACAAGAGUUCAUUCAGUGUUAAUUGUUAUCAUACAAUGCU